UGCACCAUGUCAGCUGUUGUGAGGGAGGGUCCUGGCUAACUGAAAUGCCUGGCAACUGUAACCAAGGGACAGGCAUUGCUGCGCUUGGGCACUGGUCUGUGUAAGUGGCUUAAAGCAGGAAGGAAAACGAGAACGAGGGAUAAUAAAACACGGAGCUGUAGGAGACAACGGGAGAGAUGGAAGUCUUUGAUUAUUUUUGAAUGGGGAAACAUCUUCAGGGUGUGCAGGAAGAGGAGGAUAAUGAAAAAAGAGGGAGAACAUUGGAAGGAAAGAAAGAGAGAGAGAGAGAGAGAACAGUGUGCUGGGAGGAGUUGUGUGAGAAAGAGGACCUCAGGUGCCGCCAAAAGGGGGAGGGAGGAGAGUUACAGCGAGCGAGAGCGGGAGAGAGAGGGGAAAGGAAGGAGGGAGCGAAUAUGAUCGAGAGGCACAGUGGAAGAGAGAGCGAGACUGUGAAGGGGGAGAGGAAACUGUGAGCCACUCACAGCAUCUCUGAGCACCAGCAGUGAGGUGCUGCUCUCUUUUCCUCGGCUGGUUUCUGAUUUGCCACACAAUUUGGAAUAGAUCUGUUCAAAGUCUUACUGUUCUCAUCUUUUUACUUGAGUUCUUAAUUUCAAAGUGCGUUUUGCACUGUGCACGCUCCAGGGAAUUGCUGUCAACCUGCUUUGGCUCACAGAUCACCGAGAGCUGACAAGGACAGAAGCGGUACGCAGAUCUUCCAAUUUUGAGGACGGACUGAGUAUUUUAGAGGAGACUUUACAGAAUGUGUCACAAAGAAGUUGGAGAAGAAGGAACGAGGUCUACCUCAGAAGGAAGGAAGCUGGGCAUGUACAGCUAAUCAGAUGUAGAGGUUGGCAUGCCAUGUGAUGUGCAAACGGUGGAUUGACACCAAGAACAUGUGGAUUUAAUACCUGUCCUGAUGCGAUCUGUGGAGACACCUUCACAUAAGCAGCUAUAUACCUGUUUCGGAAAAACACAGGUCUCUCCUUUUUUACGUGACAUGCUUUUAUCUGAGGCACAGUGAAAGUUCAUGAAAAGUAAAUGGAUUGGGAGCAAAUAAGACCGAACCUGUCGCUGUGGCCCCCCCAGGACACAAUCUUGAAAUUUUGAUUAGUUCCGUUUUGCCUCACUCAGACUCCCGCAAGCUAUGAGCGGUGUUCUGCGCAGCAAUAGCUCUGGCAACUCUCAUAUGCUGUUCUGUGUUUGUCUAGAGUGUCUGUGUUUUGAUUCGGACUAUAGAAACCCAAAGGGGGUCGAGACAGUGGCCAAGAGGACAGUAUUACAGAAGCAAAACAUGGUUCAUGUUAUUGUUUGGUGACAAACUAAUAUGAACAGAUUUUUUGGAGACUAUUACAACUCUUGAAAUUCAAUUUUUGUGGACUCAGGAGAAGGAAACGGUUUGAUCUUCAUUUCCUUAUCCCACAACCCCUUCUACAAUCCUGCACAUUUUACCCUUAAGAGGACGCUUAAGGAAUAGGUCGACUUCACUGCGGGUGCUGUGGACAAUAUUGCCAACUGGCCUUCAGCACAGAUAUGCAACCCUUUUGUUUCCAGCAGCCAUAGUUUUGUUUGCCGAGGAAAUAUCUCUCUCUCACAAUUACUAAACUGCUCCUAAGCAUGACUGAUUUCAGAGGAGUGCUAGGCACCUUUUUUUCUUCUCCACACGGACUGUAUUGAUUUUUGCCAAUGCUCAAUUCAUUGAGUUCCAGCCAUGUGAAAGACCGAGGUAAAGGGGAAUAGGCAGAAGAUUGAGAUCGAGAAAGCACGGACACGGGAUCACGUUGCAGGCCAUCUGCACUGCGUUUCGGACAACGGAACCUUAUCCAAGUGGACAAGGUCCGGGACAAUGAACCGGUCGGAGCUGAUCGAACCGGUCCCCAAUGUAAACAACAGCCUUAGCGGUCACUUCGGCGUGUCCCUAAACCACUCCUGCCCCCUAGGCUGGGGGCAGAACAAGGUCGUGGAAGCUUGCGUCUUAGAGACUGCGGUCAUUGUGUUGCUGACGGUGCUCAUCAUUGCUGGAAAUUUAACGGUGAUCUUUGUGUUUCAUUGUGCCCCGUUGUUACACCACUACACCACCAGUUACUUCAUCCAGACUAUGGCCUACGCGGAUCUGCUGGUGGGGCUAAGUUGCCUGGUUCCCACCCUUUCCUUGCUCCAUUACCCAGCUGGUGUCCAAGAGCCCCUCACCUGUCAGGUGUUCAGCUACGUCAUCUGUGUUCUCAAGAGCGUUUCGAUGGCUUGUUUGGCUUGCAUUAGCGUGGACCGCUAUCUGGCUAUUACCAAGCCCCUCUCCUACAACCAGCUGGUAACACCCUGCCGCCUUCGCUGCUGCAUCGUUCUCAUAUGGAUCUACUCUUGCGUGGUGUUUCUCCCAUCUUUCUUCGGCUGGGGUAAGCCGGGGUACCAUGGGGAUAUCUUUGAAUGGUGUGCCCACUCUUGGCCCACUUCUGCACUCUUCACUGGCUUUGUUGUGUGCCUGUUGUACGCCCCUGCAGCCCUGGUGGUCUGUUUCACCUACUUCCACAUCUUCCGCAUCUGCCAGCAGCACAACCGAGAUAUCAGCGAGCGACGGGCACGCUUUCCCAGCCAGGAGAUGGAAACUGCCGAAGGGGGCAACCACGCAGGCCACGGGCCAGACCGGAGGUACGCCAUGGUGCUCUUCCGGAUCACCAGUGUUUUCUACAUGCUUUGGCUCCCCUACAUUUUUUAUUUCCUUCUGGAAAGCUCCCAUGUGCUGGACAGCCCUGCACUCUCCUUCGUGACCACCUGGUUAGCAAUUAGCAACAGCUUCUGCAACUGUGUCAUUUAUAGCCUGUCCAACAGCGUAUUCCAGCUGGGGAUGCGUAGACUCUCCCAGACGCUCUGCUCCUCCUGCUCUUUCAGCUCCUGCACUCAUGAUGACAAGGACUUUGGAGAGCCAAAGCCACGAAAGAGAGCCAACUCCUGCUCCAUCUGAAGAUCUCGAAGGGUUUCUUAGAUCAGUCAUACGCUGCUAAGUGUUGUUGCAAUGGAUUUUAAUGUAAUUGUAACUCUUGGUCGUUAGAAGAAACUACCAACAGUGAGGAUGAUGAAGUUGUCUAAUAGUCAUGUGAUCUACAUUCCCUUGUAAAUAUUAAGAUAACACCUGCCUUGGUCCUGUAAAUACCACAGAAUGGUCACUGGCCACAACUUGUUUGACAACCUAGAGAUAUGCAGUUUUUAGAGCGUUUGUGAGCAAAAAAACAAAGCCAGGGGUGGGUUCAAAGCUCUCGCUUGUGAUGGCUCUUUCCAAAUAUAGAGCACACUUGCUAUUUUUAGAUACAUUACCCAUGUUGCUGGAUUGGUUGUUUUGAUGUUUGUUGAAUUAGUUUUGUGUUGCAGCUGUAACUGUAAAAACAGUUGCUUUACUAAACGAUUAGAGCUUAAAGAUCUUAACUAGCUGGGUCUUCUCCUAGUGGUUUUAGGGGACAGUGUAUCUUGAAUCUUAAAUAAUCACAGGCAAU